AUGCAUGGAUUGUGGGAGGCGACUUGUUUCUCUGAUCGGAAUUUUGCUCAAGGCAGUGGCAUUGGCAGAGCCUGCGCAAUUAAUUUUGCAAAGGAUGGUGCUGCUAGCGUCUUCAUCACCGAUAUAGACCUUGAAGCUGCAAAGAUCGUUGCCACGGAAUGCAAGGUUGUGGCUACUUCUGUCAACUUUCGUGUUGAAACGCUACAAUUUGACAUCACUCGGGUAGAGUCAGUGGAAAGUGCAACGAAGUAUAUGGUCGAUAAAUUCGGUAGAAUUGACUACUGUGUUAAUUGUGCUGGUGUUGGGAUUCAACUCCAACGAGCAGUCUCUGAUGCCGACUCAGGCGAGUUCAGACGAUUUCUGCAGGUUCACGUGGAGGGAACUUUCUCAUUGUUACGGAGCGUCUCAGCGGUCAUGGUACGCCAGGAACUCCGUCCUAAUGGAGCUAUAGGCAGUGGACGCGGUGCAACGCGUGGCUCCAUUGUGACCCUAGGGUCUGGUAACUCAUUUGUAGCUGCACCAGAAAUGGUGCAGUACACAACCGCGAAGCACGCCAUUCUUGGCUUGACGAAGAAUGCCGAUAAUGCAGCUCAUGGAAUCAGAGUCAAUUGCGUCUGUCCGACAUGGGUGGAGACGCCAAUGAUCCAGAAGGCAAGGGACGGAGGAAUUGACAUAGACACGUGGAUCAGGAGCAUGGUGCCUUUGGGCCGUAUUGCUACUGCAGAGGAAAUUGCUGAUGCCGUUAUUUUCCUUUCCAGUCCCCGAUCAAGCUACGUAACAGGAUGUGGAUUCAUCAUUGACGGCGGGACCCUUGUGACAGCGCACGCAUAG